AUGGCGUCUGCCAGGCUAUCCCCGACAGCGAACCUGCUGCGGAAAUCUCGUCUAUUCGCUCUUCCGCAGGCAUUGAAGCCUCCGCAAGAUCCCCCGACCUCAAAGGCUGUCUUCGAAUCCGAUACUGCGACCCUCCCCCAUCCGGUCCGAGCCUCCAUUGUCACGCCGGCAUCGUCCCUAGCUAGAGGUGACUGGGGUCUCAAGCGACCUUUACCAGCGAAAUCGACCGCCGCCAAGUCAUCCCGGCCUGUCGUUCGAGUGAAUGCCCUCGAUACCUUCGAACAUGUUACGGACUUUGAGUCGGCAGCCGAUCACACCGCGACCCUAGAGAAGUUCCAGGAGCUCCAUAUGCCGAUGUCCCUUCCCUCGAAGGUCAACUACGCCACAAGUAUUGUGCCUAGACACCAGAGUCCUUUCGAAUCGUAUGUCGACAACACAGACACGAGCAAGGGUCUUGAAGAUGCCGGUGCCAAGCAGUUCAGGCAUUCCGGACCUUGGCUCGCAGGCCAGACUCAGGCCGAGUUCCAGGCCUAUUUGAAGCAGGUCAGCAAGAAAAAGCCAGAGUUGCUCCAGAAGCUUCGCGAGCGUUUCGUCGCGAAGCGCAAUGCGGAGCGGAGGAAACAGGCCCAGGAUAACGGCGAGGAUCUGGCUGCGAUCGGUCCGGUGGAAGUCACCGAGGAGGAGUUCCAGACCUAUCUCAAGUCUCUCCGUGCGGAUCCGUUCUCGUUGGGCCCGGUCGUCUUUGAGUUGUUGGAUCUUCCAUCCCCUCCCGCUGUUCCCAGCGAUCGCAUCGGCCACAAGUACUACCAGUCUCCUGGAACAAAGCUUUCAUCAGCGGAGUACGCCGUCUCCGGACCUCCCAAGACACAUCCAUCGGCUGGAUUGAGCUACACGCGGUCUCAUGCUCUGAUUUACAACCACCCCAAGUUUGGUCCCCAAGCCUACCAGCGCCCUGUGGAGGCGCGUAUUCUGCGCCCGAAGGGUAGAUUCAAGGGCAGAACUUCCAAGGCGAUUGCUGGUGUUGGUGGUAUCGCCGUUGAGGAUCUGAACGCUAUGACAUUCGUGGAGCAGGGCUCGCCUCCUGGGCUGGCCUACUUCGAUGCAUCUAUCCCCGGUGGUGCCAAGUACUGGGUUACGCCGAUUCGCGCCUCCGUCGACUCGGAAGGCAGAAUCGGUCUGGCUUCCUACCGGGCCAGUGCCACUGCCAAGGCGCCCUACAACAUCGAGGACUACAAGAAGCCUGGUCUCACGAGCAUCUCUGAUGUCGCUCGCGGCGACCAGCGGGUGGUCCCUAGACUUGAUCGUUCUCGGUUCCGUGAAAGACAGGAUAUCGCCAACAACCUUAUGAAGAACCUGAAGUCUUCGUAA